CAACAUGCCACUAUACGCUAACUCCUAGCUUUAGAUUGUGUUAUCGAACAACCCUUCGGUAAUGUUAGCAUGCUAGGCUAACGUUACAUAGUUCACCUUGUGUUGACGUUAGUGUGCUUGGCAAGGAUACAGAUUCCCAUAACCAUUGCUCCAAUGGCGAGUCCCGUCACUACAUUUCGUGCCCGUAGCUUCUGCGUUUUCUUCUUCCACUGUUCGAGCUCUACUUGUCGAAUGAAAUAUAACUGUUCUGGAGUGAGACCGGGUUUCGAAAUGUCUAUCCUUGUCGCAACGCGAGCACCGGGAUCCAGUGGCAUCUUGUCGGCCAUGUCUGCAGUCAGUGGGGGCAUGGCAUGCAAGGUUGCUUCUUACGUCCGUAAUACGAGCAGCUGCGUUUCACUGAUAUAGGGAUCUAGAGGCGUGUAUUAACGGCUGUGUGUAGCCCAUCCCUAUGUUGUGAGAUCAGCGUCAAGCAGCACUACAGGCCCCACGCAGUACUGCGCGAGCGAAACAGAAUGGUGUUUCAUCAUAAUCAGCCCCAACGGCAGCUAUGGUUCCAACUGGAAACCGUUUACUUGGUCCUAGGGUGUGAAACGCGUGAGAAUACCGCCAUCUUCCGGAACAUAUUAGCUAAAGAUUUCCUUGUUAAUCUCAACAAAAGAAACAAAGAUAACAUCAACAGUUUAUCAAAAUGUAGCAGAAACUUCAAAGAUAAAAGACUAAUGGAAUACAUCUUCCUGAUAACUAAAGAACUAAGACUUGACCCGCUGGCUGGAUACCAUGCUAUCGAAUUACUCCAAAGGUUCAUGGAGAAGCGCCUGACAGACUUGUUGGCCACACCCAUUCCUCAAGGAGCAGCUGCCAAUCAACCUGGAAGUUAUGAGGAUGCUGUGUUUGAGAAGCUUAAGGAGAAAUUCCCCUUCAUUGUCUUCACCUGCGUGCAAAUUGCCAGCAAACUCUCUUUGCAUAGUCACAUAAUCGACAACAACACUGCAGUGCGCUUUCUGCAUUCGGUCGGCCACAGUGUUUCCAAGCAGGCUCUCCUGGAGUCAGAGCUGAUGGUCCUAAAAGGGCUUGAAUACAAACUAAAUGGUACUAACCCCUUGACAUUUGUAGAAAUCCUUCUGGAAGUGCUCGGACACAAUGAGCCGUCCAUCCCUGUAGAGCGCCUGCAUCAGCUGUGUCAACACGUUCUACAGUUCGUCAGCCUACAGCGCACCGCCAUCUACGACUCCUUGUUAGUGACGACCACUCAGUGUGUGAACCCUCGCAGAGAACAGAGACACAAGUUUGUGACAGUGACUGAAGACUGCAUGCUUCUUGGAGUUGGUGUCAUUGCAGUGGCUACGUUCAUCCUCUAUAACAGGAAAUGGGAACAGAUAGUGGGAGAACUGAGCCACAUCACAGGAAUCUCUGUAAGGAGUAUCAGCGAUUUUGCUCAUGUGACAUUGAUGCACAUUGUUUCAUCCACUUGAGUCUUCAUGACACAUGUUCACCAAAUCCAGCUUUAUGCUCUUACCCCAAAAAUCAAAAAGGGCCCCUUUAAGAGGCACGGUUAAAAAAGAUGUUGUGCUUUGGGAGGUUCUGUUUACCUGUAGCUUGUGUUUGUGAUAAUUCUUGACGUGCACGCUUCUUCUACACUUGCACGGUGACAACAGUGGGUUUUCUGGUGAAGUGUUUACACUGUGGCAGACCCGACACUGGUCCUUUUCUUCCUCCUGAGUUGAGUCAUCUGAUGACCUUCAGAGAGGAGACAUCACAAUUCAUUUAAACAAGUUUGUAUACCUUUAGCCUUUUAAAGACAUCUGAAUCAAGAUGAGUCCUUUCAUUUUCAACUAAAAACAAUUAUAAAUAUUCUGGAGUUGUGAGUAGGGUUACAUUAAAAACAGUGCUUUGUUGCAUUAACUACCUUAAAUGUAUUCUUUUUGCAAAAUAAUUACCUACUGUAAGCUCAGGGGCGUUGCAUUAAGGUUGUCACCUUGCCUAGUGGUUUACACUCAUCGUUUAUGGUAUUAUUUGGAAGCAUUAUUGUCAGUGUGAGCUAAAAACUAAAAGCAUACAAAGCCAAACUGGACAGCACAUGAGAAUGUAGUUCUCC